CUGGGAAAAGUUGUUUAUUGGUUGUAAAUGUUGUCCAUCCGUGUUGUAAAGUUCAAUCUAUUUCCAGACGGUAGGAAAAGUUUCUCAAAGUUAUUUCAGAGUAUCGAUUACUCUUUCUCCGACUAAGCCUUCAUUCUGCUUGCGUAGCCAGGCCACCGUCUUUCAUAAAGAUGCCCUACUUUCAUGUACAUAUCGGCACUAUGCAUGACGCUGUCAUUAUAUAUUCAUAUAUAUUCACUUUCACCGGAGGGAGCACAUCAGCCUAAAAGCCCAGAAGCGUGUGUGGCUUAGACCAACAAGUGUUGAGUCUGGGUAAAGAACGUCAGUUUGCACUUACACGUCUGGGAGGAGACAGGUUCCAGGUGUUUCCGUGUCGGAAGUGGGUGCUGCUGCUGAGAUUAUGACCAUGAUUACGCAACGACUUGUUGCAUUUACUAAAUUGAUAGGUUUAGCCUUCAUCGUAAUUUUGUGUGGUCACGUUGGUCCGUACGUGCAUGGUGCUGACCGUCAAGAGCUGAACUGCAAUCUGAGAUUAAACGAUCUGUGUCACUCUUUAAGACAAGCCGAUGCCUGUCACACCAUUCCGUACUGUAUUCAUUGCGUGUGGAAUACGGCACUAAUACCGAAGGAGGAUGUCGACAAGUGUCAAAUGUGCAAAGAUGAGAUUAUUGAGGGAAGCAGAAACCAGAUUGACAUUAUUCCCCUCUUUCAAUCAACUUGCAAACUCCACGGAAAUGAGGAAGACGUCCAAAGAUGUACCCAACUCGUGGAAAACUUUUCACUUCGUCUGAUUCACGAAAUCUCUACACAAAACAUCACCACGCACGAUGUCUGCUCCCUUCUGGCCCUUUGUCGGGCCCUGUUUGAAGUCAGCGUUACCAGUGUGGACGCUGCCAGCAUAGAAGAUUUGAAGCCCAUCGCCAGUGAAAAUACUGGCGGUGGCUCUCUUGGCGUGGAGAAAAGUGGGGGAGGACGCGGAGGUGGUGGAUUUGCACUGGGCGGCAGAGGUACCGUCGGUACAAAUAAAGGGUCGGGAAGGGGUUCGAUUUCAGGGGCAAAAGCGCGAGGUUCUGUAAAUCGGGUGGAAUACGGCUCGCAAUAUCAUGGCGGAGGGGGGUGGUAUGUUCCCAUCUUUAUUGCAAACAGUGGUGGGGGCAGAGGAAGACAUACUUGCAAUUUGCAAGAGGAAAGGGACGAGUAUGCUAAUUUUUAUGCACUCUUGCACUGCAGUUUUGUCGUCGUAUUUAUCAUAUUUUGUGUGUAUUUAUUGUCACGGAGGAGGAGGGAUAGCAAUAGGAAUGAGGAUAUUUAGAAGGUAAACAUGCUUUGAAGGAUUUGAACGACGGGAACAAAGUUGUAUUUACAAUGAGAAACUUUGACAAAACAAUAUACAUAAAGGAACGAAGGUACCUAAAAAUGGUGGUGGAACAAGUCAAUCUUUUAGACACAAAGGGAAGGAAUUGUACCUACUUUUUACUUGGCAGAUUAAUUGACCGAGUGGAUUUCCUAAGAAUUGGUGUUAUAAAUACGUAUUUACAUAUGUAUCUACCUCCCGUCCGAAAUGUUUAACUUAUGACAGCAAAAUUCAUUGCACACAUUAAUGUACAGUAUGUAACAAAUUUAAUGCUACGAUGACAUAAUUUUUAUAUCGACAUGGUCGCGUAAAUUUUAAAAUUUGAAACUUCGCAUA